CCGGACAUUCACAUUAAGUUGGGAAUUUCUGGCAGUGGCAAGAGCAAUGCGAGAAAAGGGGUGUUGCUGAGAUAGAGAUAAUUCAGUUGAAUAUAACACAUCGUCAGAAUAUACAUUUGUCUCCGUUUAUAGGAAAGCUCACAGAGAACAUGUCGGUGUUGGCUCUGCAAGAGUACGAAUUUGAGAAACAGUUCAACGAGGACGAAGCCAUACGAUGGAUGCAAGAAAACUGGAAGAAGUCGUUCCUCUUCUCAGCCCUCUAUGCUGCCUUCAUACUAGGCGGUCGCCGUGUGAUGAAACGAAGGGAGAAGUUUGAGCUGAGGAAACCGUUGGCACUGUGGUCCCUCACUCUCGCAGUAUUCAGUAUAUUUGGUGCUGUCCGCACUGGGAGUUACAUGACAUACAUUCUGAUGACUAAAGGGCUCAAGCAGUCAGUGUGUGAUCAGAGCUUCUACAACGGGCCGGUCAGCAAGUUCUGGGCCUACGCCUUUGUGCUCAGUAAAGCACCAGAAUUGGGUGACACCCUGUUCAUCGUGCUGCGGAAGCAGAAGCUCAUCUUUCUCCACUGGUACCAUCACAUGACUGUUCUGCUGUACUCCUGGUACUCUUACAAGGACAUGGUGGCCGGCGGCGGCUGGUUCAUGACCAUGAACUACCUGGUCCACGCCGUCAUGUACUCCUACUACGCCCUGAGGGCGGUCGGCUUCAAGGUCUCAAGGAAAUUCGCCAUGUUCAUCACGCUCACGCAGAUCACCCAGAUGCUGGUGGGCUGCGUGGUGAACUACCUGGUGUACUCGUGGAUGCAGCAGGGUCAGGAGUGCCCGUCGCACGUGCAGAACAUUGUGUGGUCCUCGCUCAUGUACCUCAGCUACUUUGUGCUCUUCUGCCAGUUCUUCCACGAGGCCUACAUUGACAAGACCAAGAAGGCCGCCGCAGCUAAAGCAGAAGCCGCCGCAGCUGCCAGGAAGACCCAGUAGACGCGUUUUUGGGAGGUAAAGAAAGAAAGAAAGAAAGACGAGGAUGUACUCGAGUCGCGGUGAACAAUGACUGAGGAGAUGGGGAGAAUUAUCCAGGAUGUGAAGGAGGGUGAUGGAUAGAUGGGUGGGUGGAGGAAUGAAAGUGGGAGGGUAGGCUGGGGUUGUGUGGAACAUGCAGGAACAAAAGGCGGCUGCUGUCUGCUUGUGCUUUAGAAUACUACUAACGUGCAAAUGUCAAAUACUUUGCUUUGACGGAGGUGCCAUCUUUAGAGAGCUGCACUGUAGAAGGAAGCACUUACAUACCAACGCGACAAACAGUCAGUGUGUCCUUCACCUGAUGUUCCUUUGGCUCCCACUUGAUUCUCCAUAUUUAUUAUAAAAAAUCUAAAAUAAUAUCAAAGGGACAGUCACAUUUAUACCAGAUAAAGGAAGUACAUCUACUUGAAAGGUGUUACUUGAUAAAUAGGAAGUGUAUUGGUACUUGUGAAGAAUGAGGUGGCUUCAAUUUACGAUUGAAACCAUCUAGGUGUUUUUUGUCAACGUCUUUUCUUCAUCUUUAUUUUGUGUUUUUCUGUUUUGGUAUGUCAAAUUGUUUUAGACACUGGGAGUGUGUGAGAGGUAGACUUUUGUAAGACGGCUGAUGUAUGUUCGGUGGAUGACUAGUACCGAUGGAGUGAACGACACUGUAUCUUCUGUAUCCAUCUUUGCAACACAACAUUUUCUCAGAUCUUAGGUUCCUCUCUAUUCCUUCACAAAAUAUGCAUAUCAUCUUGAUAAAGAUCUUGAUAAAGAUCAGAUAUGGGCUUAAAGAUGCUAAAAGGCGUCGAAGGGGGAAGGCUGCUUAAUUCGAUACAAACAUCUGAUCUGAAGGCCCAUUGGAGAGAAAAAAAAUCAUGUGACCACACUGGACGUAUGUGGCAUGAUAGGAAACGGAGUCUGACAGUGACCUGUUCACCUGCCUGUAAUGACCUCACAAUGUCACCGACCACAUUGGAAUGUGAGACGCCAUACAUUUCCAAAGAGUUUAACGAAAGAAAGGGGUCUCGGAAAAAGGCCUUGAGACAUUUUUUUGUUUAAGAAAAAAGCAUGCAGUUGUCAAAAUUCACUGUUAUAUCACUUUAAGUAACCGGUGUUUUUUAAUGGUGUCUGCCACGCUAUUGUUCAUGGGAUAUUAACGUAUGAACCAAGAGUGCAAACAAAGGAGUGUUAUGCUGCCAACGGUGUCAUGUCUGUUUAUUUUAUUCUCAGCAACGACUGUCUUGGCAUCAGUCGUUAGUGGUUUAGUUGUAUGUCAGUGAAGGCAAAGAGUACACAUCAAGGGGAAAUCAUGCCACAGCCGUAAGCAGCUUGUAUUACCACAGCCGUAAGCAGCUUGCGCAUGUGUGUAAGAGCAGCACGUGUGUGAGAGUGUGUGAGGAAGUGACCGUUUGCACCUCGUCUAUUUUGCAUAUUGUUAUUUUUCUUAACAAAUAAACUAAACUGGUUAAAUUGCAUACCAGGGGUAUGGUCUGGCCAAAAGAUAGCAAAGAUUCCACCUGCUAGUUUUGGCUGAGAAACCGAAGCCACAACAACAUCAUGGUAGUUCUUGUCUCUAGUGUCUGUUGGAUACUUCACACACAGCUACACUACACAAAGAACGUCAUUUGAAACAUGCCUCGUAGGAACGACGCAAAUGAGUUCGAUCAAACCUAAGACAAUUAAAUGACCUGAGGUCGGGGGUAUUUUGUAAAACACUUGCAGAAGUAACUGCAUCUCACAAUUUAUAAUGAAAAUAAUUGACGGUCGCACGUUAUUCUAUAACAUGUUGGUAAAAAGUAAAACUAGAAUGAUCUCCUAAGCGAGAAGAUUUCAUUGCUCAUUACGACGAAAGAGAGAGAACACCCUUGCAAUGGAUAGCAACAAGCGUAUCUGUCUGCACAAGUGUCACAAACCCAGCAAUCAGGUUUACAGUAGAUGCUAUAACAUUGUCAACUUUGAGUUGAGUAUCUACCCUGCAAUUGGUUCAAUUAUAGUCCAGGUGGGUGAUAAGCAAUCAUGCAACACUUAGGGCUACUAUCGUCAUAGAGAUUAUUCGAUGGCUAUCUACUUGAAGGCGCUUCGAAAGAUAAACAAGUUAUUGUCAGAUAAACUCAGUAUCCUUUCUAUUCCGCCGUAUCUCCGUUACCAUAGGCACCCCAUUUUAGAGCGUUGGUCAAAAUUGAGAUUAGGCUUUGUGCAUGCGUGUGUGUGUGUGUGUGUGUGUGUGUGUGUGUGUGUGUGUGUGUGUGUGUGUGUGUGUGUGUGUGUGUGUGUGUGUGUGUGUGUGUGUGUGUGUGUGUGUGUGUGUGUGUGUG